UACGAGCAGGAAAGCCCGUUAGUCCGGCGCGGGGGCGUGGGCCCGGCGUAAUGAAUGAGGGAGGGGCGAAUGCAAAUGAGGACACGACGCGGAGGAUCCAGCAGCAACCUCCUCACUCUCCCAGCAGCAGCGCAGGAGGAGAGAGAGGGAGAGGGAGGACAACAAAGAGGAGAACACGCAAUUCAGGAUCACGACUUACAUUUUGGCAGCCCAGAAGAAACUCUGUGACACUCUUUCAGCCUCUCGUCACUCUUUCAUUUACCACUUGGCUCUCUCACCUUCGGCAAGAAAUGGAGGAGCAUUUCGAUGAGAGGGACAAAGCUGAGCGGAAAGGCCGUGGCAGCUCACGGGCCAAUGGGCUGCCCAGUCCCACCCACAGCGCCCACUGCAGCCUGUACCGGACACGGACCCUCAGGACCCUGAGCUCGGAGAAGAGGGCCAAGAAGGUGCGCUUCUACCGCAACGGUGACCGCUACUUCCAUGGCAUUGUGUACGCCGUGUCCACCGACAGGUUCAGGUCGUUCGAUGCCCUGCUGGCUGACCUCACGCGCACGCUGGCCGACAACGUGAACCUGCCCCAAGGGGUCCGGACCAUCUACACCAUUGAUGGAAACAAGAAGAUCACCAGCAUCGAACAGCUGGUGGAGGGAGAGAGCUAUGUGUGUGGAUCUGUCGAGGCCUUCAAAAAGCUUGACUAUACGAAGAACGUUAACCCCAACUGGUCUGUGAAUGUGAAGGCCUCGGUGAGCUCCAGGUGCCCUCCGUCGCUGUCCAGCUCCAAAACAGGGCCCAACGAAGCCAGAGAGAACAAAGACUUCAUCAGGCCCAAGCUGGUCACCAUCGUACGCAGCGGGGUGAAGCCACGCAAGGCCGUGCGCAUCCUGCUCAACAAGAAGACGGCGCACUCCUUCGAGCAGGUCCUCACCGACAUCACAGACGCCAUAAAGCUCGACUCGGGCAUCGUCAAGAGAAUUUACACCCUGGAGGGAAAGCAGGUCACCUGCCUUCAGGACUUCUUUGGCGAUGAGGACAUAUUCAUCGCGUGCGGACCCGAGAAGUUCCGCUACCAGGACGACUUCCUUCUGGACGAGAGCGAAUGCAGGCUGAUGAAAUCGUCCUCCUAUGGGAAAAGUCUUUUGAGCAGAGCAUCUCCCAGGAGUGUGACGCUGACCAGGCACAGCAAGUCCCCCACUGGGUCAGAGUUUCCAGCAACAACCUGGCUGCAGAAACCAGAAAGAAAAGAUGAAGUAAACGGGAUUCCGGCCAGCCAGCUGUCCACACCCCACUCCAUGAAGUCGCCCAGCCCCUCCCCUACCAGUCCAGGGAGUCUCAAGAAGCGCAAGGGUUCAGAACAGGGCGGUUCCUCCGUCUCACUGGCCUCCACCAAGGUGUGCAGCCUGGAUGAGGGUGAAGGGCCCGUCGGCGAUGCUGAGCCCGUAGAGGAGAGCACAGCCCCUGCAGUCCCAGCCUCCAUCUCUGACCGCUACCGGGUGGGCCGUAUGAUCGGCGAUGGCAACUUUGCAGUAGUGCACGAGUGCGUAGAGCACUCCACGGGCCGGGCGUACGCUCUAAAGAUCAUCAACAAGGGCAAAUGCAGAGGGAAGGAGCAAAUGAUCCAGAACGAGGUGGCCAUCCUGCGCAGAGUCAAGCACCCUAACAUUGUCCUGCUGAUUGAGGAGAUGGACACCUACAGUGAGCUCUACCUGGUCAUGGAGCUGGUCAAGGGGGGCGACCUCUUUGAUGCUAUUACCUCGGCUACCAGAUACACAGAGCGGGAUGCCAGUGGCAUGCUCUAUAACCUGGCCAACGCCAUUAAAUAUCUACAUAGCCUUAACAUCGUCCACAGAGACAUCAAGCCAGAGAACCUUUUGGUCUAUGAGCAUCAGGACGGAAGCAAGUCUCUAAAGCUGGGAGACUUUGGCUUGGCGACAGUGGUGGACGGUCCGCUGUACACUGUCUGUGGAACACCCACAUAUGUAGCACCUGAAAUCAUCGCAGAGACUGGUUAUGGCCUUAAAGUGGACAUUUGGGCAGCUGGAGUCAUCACGUACAUCCUGCUGUGUGGAUUCCCACCAUUUCGCGGGAGCACGGAGGACCAGGAGGCUCUGUUUGACCAGAUUCUGCUUGGUCAGUUAGAAUUCCCUCUCCCAUACUGGGACAAUGUGUCGGACUCAGCAAAGGAGCUGAUCACAUCCAUGCUGCAGGUGGAAGUGGAUCAGAGAUACACAGCUUUGCAAGUGCUGGAACAUCCCUGGGUCACUAAUGACGGCCUGUCGGAGAAUGAGCACCAGCUGUCAGUAGCAGGAAAGAUCAAGAAGCACUUUAACACUGGCCCCAAGCCCAGCUGCACCACGCCGGGAGUGAAUGUCAUCACGCUCGACCAAGACUUCUGCAUCCAGAGAUCAGGGUCGUUGGACUUCUACCAGCAUCCGGGCAUGUACUGGAUAAGACCACCGCUCUUGAUAAGGCGAGGCCGAUUUUCGGACGAGGACGCCACCCGAAUGUGAGCGCGGCGCCACGGAUUACCCAGCCAUCCUGUAGCCUCCCCGCCCCCAGCCUCUGCUCCGCUCUCCAGCUGUUCCCUCCUUAUCCCCGGCUGCUGCCCUGCACUCUCCCCAGCCCCGGCCACCUCCACGCCUGAGUCUGAAGACUUUUCUGCCUGCUCCACUCAGACUGUCCGAUCCCCCAGCUCCCACGUCCGGAGCCGGAGGGAAAGGGACGCAGAAGGAGAAAAGAAGGGUUUAUGAGGAUUCAGAACGCGGCAGAGUGGAAGGACAGGACUGAAGCUGUUCUCUAACGGAAGCGCGAUGGUGUAGGUGUCGUCUCCCACCUGCAAAACGUGAAAAGAGCUUGUCAGGACUUGGGGGAAUCCUUUAAAUUAUUUCACUCCAUUGUAAUAGUUUUCUUAUUGAUUUAUACACAUGGUAUGCAUUUUUAUCAAUUAACUUUAGACAGUUUUUUUUUUUUUUUUGUCCCGUUGAUGGAAGCCUUCCUCAGGCUCCCCCACACUGUUUUUAUCUGUCUCCGGGUCCAGUCUUGCUGACUGUUCCAGCCAGUUUUGUGGAUGGAGCAGCUAAUUGGCAGGUAGUUGAUUAUGGAUUAGCUAGGCGUUUUCAGUUUGUGCUUGCUGGAAGCAGCUGCAGUCCGCUUCUUUUGUGCAGAGGCAUCUGAUCUGAAAGUGCAGUCCAGAAAACUGAGAGCCUUUCGUGUCGGCCGCGUGAAAACCUCUCUGAGCUCCCUCGCAAUAAAUGCUCCCUCAUCGUUCCGGUGGUAAGCUCCCUCUCUCAGCACUUUGCUCUCCUUCCCGCUCAAACUGCAGCUGAAGGUGCUAUCUGGCACAGAGAGCACACUCACGCGUAAGAUGGGGACCGUUUUUUUUUUUUUUUUUUUUUUUGUAAUCAGUGUAAAUAAUAAUAUGAUUUCAAUUAUUUUGAUAUUGACAAUAUAUUUCUUUAACUUAACUAGAGAACAUAGCAAUCGCAUACGUCAUUGUUUAGCUGUAUGAAAGUGGAAGGAGUAUAAGCACAAUGGCAGUGAUGUCCUGGGAAAGAGGUCUUUGACCAUUCCCGGGACAGGCUUGUGUCCAAGAAAUCCGGAGCAUAACGCAGUGCUCAGACGCUCCACUGCACGGUGGAGAGUUUCGGACCGAAGUUCAGGGUUUGAAUUGAGACCUCACUGAUGAAGUGUAGCAGGGUCUAGCGCCCCAAUGAACAGUUAACCCUUACAGAAGUGGCUGGUAUUACAGCUUCCACAAGCAUAUCAGCAAGAAUCCUGCAGUCAGAUCCCUGAAACAGAAAGGAGUGAUGUUGGGAAUGACGUUAGUGGAAGGUGAACGUUGCCUUUCAGUGAAAAUUGCUGCCAAAUUAAGAUAAACCAACAAAAUGGAUAAGGAUUCUGGAAAACUCUGCCUCCGCUAUUUAUAAAUGAAAGACUGAGUUUCUGCUGUUUAUUUGAGUUUGAUGGUUGCAAAUGACUGACGGUUUCAUUAUAUGACAUUUUAUUGGCUGAUAUUAUCCGAUUUUUUAGUUCCAAGUGUCAUGUCGCUUGGGCUCCAGUAGGGACAGACGUAAAGCACCUCUUGACGCUCCUGCAUACUCUCAUCGUGAGGUAGAGGGUUGUUCACAAUGCAAUACCAUCAUAACAUCACUGUUUAUUCCAGUAUUCACACGUUUCAAAACUACCACAAACAUUUCUUUUUCGUCCGAUUAGAGUCUCGGAGACUUUGGAAAAAUGGAAGGUGAAGACUGCAAGUGCUAUGAACCGCAGACGAACGCUACAGUGACUUAAACAGAUGAGCAGCAGUCCAGGAACGUAUGUUUAUCUGCAAAUAUUUAACCUGCAUUUGCUCCAGAACUGACAGUGACACAGCUUUAAGGAUUCACCCUAACUGCUUCUGCUCAUUCAACAUCCUAAAAAAAAAACCAAACAAACUACCAAACCAAGUUUUGUGGACUUCCACAGGCGUUGCUAGACCGGUUUCACUUGCAUUUACAUAAUUUGCACCACUAUUAUCUGCCAUGAUGGAUAUUACCCGGCAUUAUGGAAGUCAACUUUGUGUGCCUGGUUUGGGCCGACUGUCACACCGAAGCAAAUAAAGUCUUGUAAAAUAA